UUGCACUUGUGUAGUCCACAAGAGAUGCCAUGAACUUAUAAUAACAAAGUGUGCUGGCUUAAAAAAACAGGAAACUCAUGAUGAGCAAGUGGGAUCCCAGCGUUUCAGUGUCAACAUGCCUCACAAGUUCAGCAUUCACAAUUACAAAGUGCCCACCUUCUGUGACCACUGUGGUUCAUUGCUCUGGGGUCUUUUGAGACAAGGUUUACAAUGCAAAGUUUGCAAGAUGAAUGUACAUCGACGCUGUGAAACAAAUGUGGCACCAAACUGUGGAGUGGAUGCUAGAGGCAUAGCUAAAGUUCUUGCAGAUCUUGGAGUCACUCCAGAUAAGAUCACUAAUAGUGGGCAGAGGAGGAAAAAGCUAAUUGCAGGUGCAGAGACUCAACCACCAGUUCCAGGAAGUGCAUCAUCAGAAGAAGAUAGAUCGAAGUCAGCACCAACAUCUCCAUGUGACCAAGAAAUCAAGGAGCUGGAAAACAACAUUAGGAAAGCAUUAUCAUUUGACAAUCGGGGAGAGGAACACAGAGCGACAGCUACGACGUCAGCAGACAACCAGCUUAACAAACCUGGGGAGAAUGGUGAAAAUGGGGAGGUCAAUAAAGCCCAGGGAAAGCGAAUAGGCCUUGAAGAGUUCAACUUCAUCAAAGUAUUAGGGAAAGGCAGCUUUGGCAAGGUAAUGUUAGCUGAGCUGAAAGGUAAAGAUGAAGUAUAUGCAGUGAAAGUCUUGAAGAAAGAUGUCAUACUUCAAGAUGAUGACGUAGACUGUACAAUGACAGAGAAAAGAAUUCUUGCAUUAGCACGGAAACAUCCAUAUUUAACACAACUUUACUGCUGCUUCCAGACAAAGGACCGCCUCUUUUUCGUCAUGGAAUAUGUAAAUGGAGGAGACCUAAUGUUUCAAAUCCAGCGCUCACGCAAAUUUGACGAACCUCGAUCCCGCUUUUAUGCUGCAGAGGUCACAUCAGCACUCAUGUUUCUUCACCAACAUGGAGUCAUCUACAGGGACCUGAAACUGGACAAUAUUCUUCUGGAUGCAGAAGGCCACUGUAAACUGGCUGACUUUGGGAUGUGCAAAGAAGGGAUUCUGAAUGGAGUGACCACCACAACCUUUUGUGGCACGCCUGACUAUAUAGCUCCAGAGAUCCUCCAGGAGUUAGAAUACGGUCCGUCAGUGGACUGGUGGGCUCUGGGUGUCCUCAUGUACGAAAUGAUGGCUGGUCAACCACCCUUUGAAGCUGACAAUGAAGAUGAUCUCUUUGAAUCCAUCCUUCAUGAUGAUGUAUUGUAUCCAGUCUGGCUCAGUAAAGAAGCUGUCAGCAUUUUAAAAGCAUUCAUGACGAAAAACCCCAAUAAGCGACUUGGCUGUGUGGCAUCACAAAAUGGGGAAGACGCGAUUAAGCAGCACCCGUUUUUCAAGGAAAUUGACUGGGUUCUUCUAGAACAAAGGAAAAUCAAGCCACCCUUCAAACCUCGGAUUAAAACCAAAAGGGAUGUAAAUAACUUUGAUCAAGACUUUACACGAGAAGAACCGGUAUUAACUCUAGUGGAUGAGACAAUUAUAAAACAAAUCAAUCAAGAAGAAUUUAAAGGGUUCUCUUAUUUUGGAGAAGAGCUACUACCAUAGACAACGAUAGACUGACAGAUGAAUGAUGCUGCAAGAAGUGAUUCUGAAGAGAUCAUCAAAUCACUGAGACUCAGUAGAUCAAGAACUACUUCUCUUACCCUGAGCCCAUAUCCCAAGUUUAAGUAAAUAUUUAUUAUUUUUUUCCUUUGUCUUCUGACCUGAAAGCACUCUUAAUUUCUGUCUCACAAAGCAAUGCAAAGUAAUUUUGUAUCAGAAAUUGUAGAUGUAACACACUGCCGUAUAUUUGCAACUUUCCUUUUAUUCCUAAGAGUAGGAAUUCCCAGAGGACAAAAGUACAUCUUUUCCAUAGAAAAUGAAGCUAUACUAUUAAAAGCAAUUUAGCAGACCACGUUCUGAAAUCGUCAUAUGUAUUUAAGCUAAGAAGGUGAGAACUGUUUCUUCUGCACUGGUGGUUAUGGUGAAAUCUGUACUCAGAUGCCCUUUGAAAAGCAAAGUCUGCCUUCAUGGAGGUUUAAUCCUCAAUUAUUAAUUUAUUGUGGGGAGGUACAAAUUGUAAAGCUGUCCAAAAAAAAGAAGCACAUCAAUUAAAGGUUUUAAUGAAGUUCCUCGUACAGUGUAUGGAAAACUUAGGAAUAAGAGUCACAAAGAUAACUGAAAUUUUAUUUAAAGCAAGAAAUAGAUACUAUAUGGAUAGUUAUUAAAGGGCUAAAGAAUAAAAAGCCUAUAGUACUUUAACACAGCUACAAAUAGCCAUUUUACUGUUUUUCAGGCAAUUGGGAGUACUAUCCAUGUUACCAAAUUUAAAAUCCUUUUAAAUGAACCAUUAAUGUGACACCAAGAUUGCAAAUGUUUACAGUUAAUUUUACAUUAAAAAUUAAUUAUAAACAUUAUAAAUUUGCCACUGUAGCUACAGUGAUAAAUAAUUUCAUAUUUAUAUUUAUUUUCUCAGCAGUGUGUUACUUUUGCACACUUUUACAAAACCAUAAUACUACUGUGUUUGUUGGUUUUUAUGUUUAAAAUCUAAAGAGAAAUCUGCUUUUAGAAGGCACAAAAUAAGGCUACACGUGCAUUAUGUGGAAGUGUGUUAAAAAACUGAAGAUCAAACAUUCACAAACUGACAUUAUUGAAAGUUGUAAAUUGGUAUUUUUUCUUUUGUGUGUAUGAAUUGAAAUGGUAACUCAUGUGGACAAUAUUGCUAAUGUGAAGUUACCUCCUGUAGAUACGCUAACAGUGUUAUGUACUUAUAUUUCCAGGAGUACCUUGUGGUUUGGUUUUGGUUUGGUUUGUUUUUUUUUUUUUUUUUGUGUACAUGUAUCGCUGAGGUCAUUUUAUUAUAUAUUUUACUGGACUGAGUGAGCGGUCAUUGGAAUCCAUUUUAAUUGUUGCACAUGGAUUUCCAGCUGCACAAAAAUAUAUAUACUUGUGAUUGGCAAAGUGGCACUAAAGAAGCUUUUUUGCCUUUUGUACAGGUGAGAUUUUGUAUAUAGUGUUUGCUGCAAGGCCUGUGGAAUUCAUUGAAUAUAGAGGUAUCAACUGCUGCAUGUUCAGGCAUACUAUUAAAAUGUUAGUCUAUGAAAGAAUAAUUAUAAUAAUGUCCAUGUGCAAUACUCUUGUAUGUGUAUUGGUUCAAGUUACUGUCAGAAAGAUGAGGUUUUUGUUAUAAAAGAUGUAGACAUAUAUUAAGCUAUACUAAAUCUCUUGUAUAGUUCUCUUCAACUCUAUUAUGACACGAUAGAGCUCGGAAAGAGAAAGGAAUGUUACAAGUCGUGGUGGAUAAAGUGUGAGUCAUUGGCUUUAAGAGAUAAUCUCGGACUCAAGCAGAUGAGUUAGUUUGUGUCAGUUUUGUGUCUGGCUGCUCAUAGCCUGUUACUGAUGACACCAUUCAGCUCCAUUUUGUUUUGUUUUUAAAACUCAGGUGUAAUUAUUAUAUAUAUUCUUAUGAUUAUUUCAAAAUAUUAAAUAUUAUGAUAUAUCAAUUAAUGUGUUGUCUGGCCUACAGGUGUAAUAAUGGAUCAAGCCUUUAGUUUAAUUUAAUUUAUCCUUAGUAAUCUUUUGUACUGGGAAAAGACUAGCUUCUGGAGCUGAGUACCAGCACAUAAACAUCUUAAUGAUUGCAUCAUCUCAAUGUUAAAUUUCUUUCUCUCUUAGAAAUAUAUUGUAGAACUGCCCAUCAAUUUGUGUCUCGCCACUGGCUCUGUUUAUUUCUCAUCACAGUUAGAUUUUGACAUCCAGGCAAGAACUGAUCACAGUGCUAAAGCAUUCUUUUCCAUGGAUGAGUAGACUGGCUAGGAAGACAAGUUAUUGGAUAGUGCACUACUGUUUGUUCAACAAGAGGCCUUUACACAGAACUAGGAGCAUUUAUUUUGAAGGAAUAAAAGCAUCCCAUAAAGCUAUUGUGUACAAGCUAGUGUAGUCUGUAUUCCCAUUUCUAACGUGAAGAUAAUUAGCAAAUGUUUGUAUUUCAAGAGGCCUCAGCACCUGCAGUGUUUGGUAGGAUGCUAAGAGAAAGUGAAGGAAAUAGAAACUUUUGCAUGGGCAGAUAUUUCUUCAAUAUAAAUAGUUAGAUCCUCUGCCUUGGGUUUACAUCAGAAGGUUUUUAUGUUACCUUGAACAUUUUUUAAAGAUAAUUCUUAAAAAUGGACAUUCUGUUACAUUUCUGCCUGUUCUGUAAAAUCUUUCCUGUUCCUUCUUUGUAAAAGGAGUGCAAAAUGCCAAAAAUAUUAUUAAUAAUAACAAUUAUAAAGAAUCCAUUGUUUCCUUGUUUUCCUCCCAAAUAGACUUUAUUGAAGAUAGAAAUACAUUUUUCUCCAUAGAGUGAAAAAUAAUUCUCUCCAAAAAGGCUUACAAAUUACCUCUUUUUAAAUUAUGUGCAGAAUAGCUCUGGCUAAAUAUAAAGUGUAUUCAGUUGGGGGGGUAGGUUUUUUUUUUUAUUGUGAGGAUUUAUUUGUACAGAAUUUUUUUCUUAUGGAUGUAAUUUGAAUCUCUUGCCAUUCAUUAGUGUUAUUUCAUCGUAAACAUUAUUACUGUGCCAAAUGUACUGUAUUCAAAAGGAUGUGAAUGUGUAUUGUUUCAGAACCCAAUAAAUACAAUGAUGUUAAAUCUUA